CGCGCACUCACACGCACACGCGCGCGCGCAGCCCCUCCCGCCGCGGGCGCAGCGAGGGCGCUGGAGGAGCUGCGAAGGGCCAGGUCCGGCGGGCGGGGCGGCGGCUAGCACUGGCUCCGGACUCUGCCCGGCCAGGGCGGCGGCUCCAGCUGGGAGGGCGACGUGGAGCGGCCACGUGGAGCGGCCCGGGGGAGGCUGGCGGCUGCAGGCGAGGCGCGGGCGGCGCAGCAGCCGGGAGCGCCCACGGAGCUGGACUCCCAGCGCGGCGCGGCGCCACAGCAGUUCCAGGAAGGAUGUUACCUUUGAUGAUGAGAGUGGUAAUCCUGCUGCUGCUCCCCGCGGGUCAGGCUGCCCCGAAGGAUGGAGUCACAAGGCCAGACUCUGAAAUGCAGCAUCAGCUCCUGCCCAACCCCUUCCAGCCAGACCGGGAGCAGCUCAGACUUCUGCAGAGCUACCUAAAGGGACUAGAAAGGACAGAAGUGCAGCCGGAGCAUCUGAGCCGGGAGCAGGUUCUCCUCUACCUCUUUGCCCUCCAUGACUAUGACCAGAGUGGACAGCUAGAUGGCCUGGAGCUGUUGUCCAUGUUGACAGCUGCUCUGGCUGCCGACUCUCCUACCACCAACCCGGUGAUCUUGAUAGUGGACAAAGUGCUCGAGACCCAGGACCUGAAUGGGGAUGGGCUCAUGACCCCUGCUGAGCUCAUCAACUUCCCGGGAGAGGCCCCCAGUCACGUGGAGCCCGGAGAGCCCCUUGCUCCAUCUCCUCAGGAGCCACAAGCUGUUGGGAGGCAGUCCCUGUUAGCUAAAAGCCCAUUAAGACAAGAAACACAGGAAGCCCCAGGUCCCAGAGAAGAAGCAAAGGGCCAGGUAGAGGCCAGAAGGGAGUCUUUGGAUCCUGUCCAAGAGCCUGGGGGCCAGGCAGAGGCUGAAGGAGAUGUUCCGCGGCCCAGAGGGGAAGCUGGGGGCCAGGCAGAGGCCAGGGAGAAUGGAGAGGAGGCCAAGGAACUUCCAGGGGAAACACUGGAGUCUAAGAACAUCCCAAAUGAGUUUGAGGUGCACAUUGUUCAACUGGAGAAUGAUGAGAUCUAGAUCUCGAAGAUACAGGUACCCCACGAUGUCUCAGUUUCAGAACAUAAGCCCUGAAGCGGGCAGGGGAAUGUACGCUGGGACAAGGACCACCUCUGUGCCCCCUGUCUGGUCCCAGUAGGUAUCAGGUCUUCCUGUGCAACUCAGGGAGACCCUAAGUUAAGGGGCAGAUUGCCAAUAAAGAACUGAAUGAAUUCAUCCCCCCGGGCCACCUCUCUACCCGUCCAGCCUGCCCAGACCCUCUUAGGGGAACGGGGAUUGGGGACACUGAAAGGACAGGGAUGCCGCCUUCCCAGUGUUUCUGGGCCUCACGGUGCUCCGGCAGCAGACCGCAUGGUGCCAGCCAUGGCCAGCUGCAGAGGACCCAGUGAGGGAAGCUCAGUCUAUCCCUGAGCCCCAAACACUCUCUGGUUCCCCCUUAGCUGGUGUUCAGACACCCCAUGCUCUCCUGCUGCUCAGGGCAGGUGGCCCCAUCACCCUGUAUCUGCCCCCACCCCCAGUAAUGUUAAUCAUCACUAAAACUUUCUGAGAGCCUCGUACACAUCAGGCAUCAUGCUGGGCAUUAUAUAUAUUACAUGAUUUUAUCCUCGCAAUAAUUCUGUAGCCAGGCAGAAUUGGCUCCAUUUGACAGAUGAAGAAAUUGAGGCGGAUUGUGUUAAGCGCUGUACCCUAAGGUGACAUGCAGCUAAUUAAAUGGCAGAUUUGAAUCCA